UCCCCGGCCCGAGGUGUCCUUUCUUCGGCGUGACAGGCUGUGUUGGACUGCACAAUAAUGUGGAAACUUCUUCUAGACAGCCAUAACAAAAAAGCCCCCCCUCCACGGAGUUAAAUGGCUUCUAGUGUAGCUGUGAACUGUCAGGGUCCCGAAGCCCUGCCCAUCCCAGGCAUGGUGUGAGAAACCCUCCGGGAUUACGUCUCAUCCUGGCACGGACAGGGUUAAAUGGUUACGGUCCACUUGAUUCUUCCCGAUUUGUAGAGGGGGGGGAGCUCGCUUUGUUUCAGUCAGGGGUGUCAUGGAGAAAGACGAAGAAGUGCGGAGAAGUGUUCGUGUGGAAACACCUGCGGACAUGCUGAGGAACUUCUGGACGCGUCACACGUUGGGUUGAAGGAGUCUGUUUGACGCUAUAUAUUUAUAUAUAUAUAGCCUAUAUAAAAAAGGUUUAUUACUCAGAAUUGGCAACCAACAUUUAUUUUUUAUUUUUUUUGACUUCGGAAAUACGAGACGGUGACGUGAUUAGGACCACCGGGUUGAUAAGUGGAUAAGGAGAGCGGACCGGAGGAAAAGUUGAGUGCGUUCACGGUGGGAACCGUCGAAGAGCGGGUUUAACGCGGAGGUACGAGGCACCGCAUCCUUGCAGACCCCGAGCAGAGACCCGCUCACCGCUCUGAAGGAAACGCUGCUCUCCUCGCCAUGGCAACCGGCCACGUCCCCCCGCUACUCCCCUCUCUCCUGUACUUUUUGGGAUGCUGUGUGUACUGUUGCCAUGGUGACUUCCAGGCAGCCCCCAGGGUGUAUCUGUCCUACAAGGAGCUGCUGGAGACGCGGACGGCCCGGCCCUUCUCCUUCUCCUUCAACACCAGCGACUACCGGAUCCUGCACAUGGACCAGGACCAGGGCCGGCUGUACCUGGGUUGCCGGGAGUACCUGGUGGCGCUGGACAUGCACAACGUCAACAAGGAGCCACUCAUCAUCCACUGGCCGGCGUCUGCAGAGAGGAAAGCGGAGUGCAGGAUGACUGGGAAGGGGGGGCAGGGAGAAUGUGCCAACUUCGUGCGUCUGAUGGAGCCCUGGAACCGGACCCACCUGUACACCUGCGGGACGGGCGCCUACAAACCAGUCUGCACCUUCAUCAACCGGGGCUGGAGGGCAGAGGACUACGUGUUCAGGCUGGUUCCUGGCCAGGUGGAUUCUGGGAAGGGGAAGUGUUCGUACGACCCCCGGCGGGCCAACGCCGCCACGCUCAUCAACGGUAACCUGUAUGCGGGGGUCCACGUGGACUUCAUGGGGACAGACCCGGCUAUCUUCAGGACGCUGGGGGACCGGCCCGCGGUCCGCACGGAGCAGUACGACUCCCGCUGGCUCAACGAGCCGGUGUUUGUGAAGAUCCAGAAGAUCCCGGACAGCACGCAGGCCAACGACGACAAGCUCUACUUCUUCUUCAGGGAGAAGAGCUUGGACUCUACCGGGGGGAACAACCCCAUCAUGGUGUCCCGGGUGGGCCGGGUCUGUCUGAACGACGACGGAGGUCAAAGGUCGCUGGUCAACAAGUGGACCACCUUCCUGAAGGCGCGGCUGGUGUGCUCUGUAACCGGGGGCGACGGGGUGGAGACGCACUUCGACGAGCUGAGGGACGUGUUCAUCCUGCCCACGCAAGACGCCCGCAAUCCGGUUGUGUACGGUGUGUUCGCCACCGCUGGGUCGGUGUUUAAAGGCUCAGCGGUGUGCGUGUACGCCAUGUCCGACAUCAGGAACGUCUUCAACGGCCCCUUCUCUCACAAACACGGACACAACUACCAGUGGACCCCCUACACGGGCAAGAUCCCCUACCCCCGUCCCGGCACGUGCCCCGGGGGGACGUUCACCCCGGGGCUGCGCUCCACCAAGGAGUUCUCUGACGAGGCGGUGAACUUCGUGCGGGCGCACCCCCUGAUGUACCAGCCCGUGUACCCCCUGCACAAGCGGCCCCUGGUGCUCAGCACGGCGGGGGACCACCGCUUCACCUCCAUCGCCGUGGACAUCGUGGACGCCACCGACGGGAAGUACGAGGUGCUCUUCCUGGGAACAGAUCGGGGGACGGUGCAGAAGGUCAUCGUUCUCCCCAAAGACGCCAGCAGCACGGAGCAGCUCAUCCUGGAGGAGGUGGAGGUGUUCAGGACUCCGACGACGAUCAAAACGAUGAGGCUUUCAUCCAAACGGCAACAGCUGUACGUGACGUCGGACCGCGGCCUGACCCAGGUGUCCCUGCACCGCUGCGGGGUGUACGGCCGCGCCUGCUCCGACUGCUGCCUGGCCCGGGACCCCUACUGCGCCUGGGACGGGGAGACCUGCGCCUCCUUCACCCCCUCGGCCAAGAGGCGCAGUAGGAGACAGGACGUGAAGCACGGAGACCCCCUGAGCCAGUGUCGAGGCUUCAACACCAAAGUAGAGAAGCGUCUGCGUGAGGCGGUGCAGUUCGGCGUGGAGGGCAGCAACGUGUUCCUGGAGUGCCAGCCCCGCUCUCCGCAGGCCAGCGUCAAGUGGCUGCUGCAGAAGGACGGCCGCAGGAAGCUGCUGAACCGGGAGCACGAGGUGCUGAAGACGGGCCACGGCGUGCUGCUGAAGGAGCUGGUGCAGGCGGAUGCCGGGGUCUACCACUGCCAGGCCACGGAGAACAACUACCGCCACACGGUGGCCCGCAUCGCCCUGCGCAUCCUGGACCGCGAGAUCGUGGAGGCGCUCACCGCCACCGACGUGCCCCCGCUGCACCGCCAGCCGCACGAGGCCGCGCCCCCGGCCGCCGCCGAUCCCCGGACCGCCGCCGCCGACCCCCGGACCGCCGCCGCCGCCGCCGCCGCCGCCUCCCAGGCGGAGGUGCGUCUCAUCGGCCAGUACUGCCGGGCCUACCUGGAGGAGCUGUGCCCCGGGCGGAGCACCAAGCGUACCCACCGCCGGCACGCCGAGGCCGGGGGCUCCGGCUGCAAGCCUGCCGCUGCUGCCUCCUCCUCCUUCCCACGCAGGCUGUAACCACGCCCCCCUCCUCCUCCUCCUCCUCCUUCCCACGCAGGCUGUAACCACGCCCUCCUCCUCCUCCUCCUCCUCCU